AUGUACGAAGGGAUUGACAACCUGAAAUCCCUUUACGACCGUGCCGGGAAGACUUUCUCCGGCGGUCCUUCUGCGGCACAGGAUGUGCCGCGUCGUACUGCUCGACCAGACCCAGUACGUCAACCAUCAAUUGGGAGCGGGGCUCCCAAGAAUCCCAGGACGGGGGAUAGCCGCGCCACCGGACGAGAUAACUCGUCCGACGUCCGUUCACGUCGCGGUGGUUCAACAGCUGCUCUACUAGAUAGCGCUGGCCACCGCGAGAGUCCUCUAAUGGAGGUGGAGGAGGAGGAAAGACGCUCUCCACACGAUCAUGUGGAUCGGUGUGUUCCCGAGAGCUUCUUUGAUCGCGUAACGCAAGGGUUACGCGACGAUCUCGAGCAUGAGCGGAAUAGGCGUCUCCAGAUGGUGGACACUGCCUCGAAGCAUCGAGCUGAGUUUGCCUUUGCUCAGCUUGAGAACGAGAGAUCUCUGACAUCUUUCGUGACGAGCUAA